AUGGCUGAGUCCCACUGCCCUCCGCAUGCCCCCUGGGAGGGGAUCCCCACUGCGGCUGAUGCUCCAGCCAGAGGUUUGCAUGUCUUCGCCAUCGCCUUCGCCUUGGAGGUGUCGGUGGGGAAGACCAACACUGUGAUGGCUCUGAAUAACUCCAAUGUCCUGCUGCCCUGCACCUUCACCACCUGCAUAGGCUUUCAGGACCUGGUCUUCACAUGGUAUUUCAACUCGACAGAGAUGAUUUACCACGGCAAGAUAAAGAGCAAAGCCUCGGAACCCUACCUUGUGGGACGCAACCCACGGGUCGAGUUCGUCGGCUCGACGACCGGGAAGGACAACAACAUCUCCAUCGUCCUGAAGAAUGUGGAGUUCAGCGAUGCUGGGAAAUACACCUGCCACGUCAGGAACCCCAAGGAGAAGAACGCGCAGCACAACGCCACCAUCUUCCUCACGGUGGUCCAGAAGAUGGUGGAGGCAGACAACACUGUGACGCUCAUCAUCGCGGGCGUUGUGGGGGGGCUCAUCGGCCUCCUCAUCCUCUUCAUGCUCAUCAAGAGGGUUGUCCUGUUCAUCAUCAAGAAGACUCAAGAUGGGAAGAAGGAGUGUCUCGUGAGCUCGUCAGGGAACGACAACACCGAGAACGGCCUGGCCGGCUCCAAGGCGGAACAAAAAGCACCACCAAAGGCAUGA